GGCCUUAAAUUUCCACUCGCCAAUGGAGAGUGGAAAUUAUGGUGGAGGAGAGUGUGCCCCCCAGGGCAGUCUUGCUGAGCAGGCUUGGAGCUCAGGCCAGAUCUGUCAUUGGCACUGGGAGCCAUUAGACUGCUCAAUAGCUGAGCGCAGUGAAAGCAAAAGACGGAGUGUGUGCUGAGGCUCUCUGCCUCCCCCUAGAGUGCAGUACCCGGCUCUGUGAGUGAACAACUAAGUACUGCAACUUUUAUAGGGCUGUGGGAGAGGAGAGAGCACUUAACAGUGUGUCUUUAUCUGUACGUUUCUCUGUGUGUGUGUACGUGCAAGUACGCGUUUAUGUAUGUACAUGUGUCUGUGUGUGUGUGUGUGUACAGGCGUCUGUUUGU